UAAAUAUUUUGUACAUAUUUUUAUAUAAGGCGAAAACUUUGUACAAAUAUCUGUAAAAACUGCAGAAAUUUAUGCACAAAAAUAUGCAAUUCUUUGUGCAGUAAUUUUUGCAUAAUUUUUUCCUACAGGUGCAAGUAAUACAAUUGUAUAAACUAGAUUUUAUUUUCUAAUUUGCUUUAUUGUAGAUCCAAACUUAAUGGAUAUUUACUUCAUUGAUGACACUCAAGUCAAUGAAGAAUCUACAAUGCCCAAUACAACUGUCGAAGAAAAUGAAAUGACAAGUAUAUAGUAUGUGUUUUUAAAAAUAUAAUUUUAAAUGUUUUAAGGUGUUUGUAACUUUUCCAUUUUUUUUACCCGCAUUAUAUUGAUGCUAAAAUUAAAAAUUUUUUAUGUUUUUUUAAUAAUGAUAUAAAAAUAACUAUUUAUCUUUACUUCCAGAUUAUAAGGAAAAUUUUUACUGGAAUAAUCAGAAUACAAAAUUGUUAUUGAGUUUAUUUCGAGAACGCAAAAAAAUGUUCAGAGAUCCCAAAAUAAAAAAGAAAUCAUUCUGGAAGGAAAUAAUGAACAAAUUUAAAAAACAUAAUUAUAUAAAUGUGACAGAAAAUAUCUUGGACAGAAAAAUGAGAAAUUAAAAAAAAACAUAUCGUACAAUCAAAGAUAAUCAAAAACUAAGUGGUACAGGGAGAAUAACUUGGGAUCAUUACGAGACACUUGCAGAUAUAUUUUUUUAUGAUAAAACUAUGAAUAUUGGACAACAUUUGUCAUCUUUGCAAUGUACGUCUCAGCAAGAUUUAGAACAAAUGGCUAAAGUACAGUGUAAUUCAGUAUUAUCUGAUAAUUGUAAUUUGAUAAGUGUAACAUUAAGAAAUAAAAUAACACCGCAUUAUGAUUCCUUGUCAAAAAACUCAAUUGCUUUUGAAAAAAAUAUCACGCCCUCCAAAAAUUCCAGCCUAUUUUUAAAAGAUCAGAGAUCAGUCUCAAGAUGCUUUAUGUCAUCUUCAGAUUCAAGAAUUUCUUUAAAAAAGUCAGGAACUUUGUAUGAUUGUGAUAAUUCAAUAUUUUUUCAACACAAGGAGAUUGCUCAAAUCCGGAUGAUCUUGAACAGAGCUCGUUACAGAAUACAAAGGAUCCAUGUGAUGAAGACAAAGAUAACCAUAUUCUAUGAAAGAUAA